AGUGUUCAGUAAGAAGUUGAAUCUGCGACUUUUAGCCAUGUUUUCCAAAUUGUCCCUGUUGGCCGUGGUUCUCGCCUUUGGCCUGGUUUCUGGCCUCAGCCUUGGCCUCAUGAUAAAGCCUUCCAAGCUGCAGUUGCCGACCAACAAGAAGAUCCUUGGUCUCCAGCAGCAGACGGAGGAGCUGGCCGCUCGGGAUCCUGGCACAUCGAUAGCCUGCUUCGACUACUACAUACCCCUUAUCAACGGACUGUCGGCCCAGUACGAGUUUGACUACAACAAGUGCGUGAAGGACUACGACUACGCCAGCCAACUGAUCAUUGACGCCUGGAACAGCACUCUCUUCGGCAUCCAGGCUUCUGGGGAUAGUAGCUGCAAAAGCUUUUUCGACUGCUCCUGCAUUGUGGACUCCGUGCUUGCCUUCGAGUGCUUCGCCAAAGUCGGAGCCGAGCAAUCGAAGAUCAUGUACCAAGUGUCGGCAAAUGCCACCGAAGCCGCUGUCCAGAUCAAGAUCCAUUUGCAGACUGUGGAAACCAAGAGGGAAAGCUGCUUCAACUAUGCCGAAAGAGAUUUCGUGGAGGGCACCUCCCUCUACUACGGAGAACUCAACAAGUGCCUCGCUGGAGCUCCGAUCCCGCAGGAUACCACUGAGAAUUGGUUCUAUACCACCUAAAACUUUAAAACUUAAAGUUUAUUAUAAUCAAAUGUAAGGC